AUGUUUGAGUCAUUAGUUGCCAAUUUGUUAAAUAGAUUCUUAGGGUCUUACCUUGAGAACUUUGACCCCAAACAAUUGAAUAUUGGAAUCUGGAGUGGUGAUGUCAAAUUAACCGAUUUACGACUUAAGAAGGAAAGUUUAGACAAGUUUAAAUUACCAAUUGAUGUCAAGUUUGGCCAUCUUGGAGUAUUAACAUUACAAAUUCCAUGGUCUAACCUCAAAUCAAAACCGGUUAGGAUCAUUAUUGAGGAUUUGUAUAUAUUAGCAUCCCCAAUCAUCUUGAGAGAUUAUGAUGCAGCUGAAGAUGAAGAGCGAAGCCAGUUGUUGAAGCAAGAGAAAUUACAAGAAUUGGAGACUUUAUUACAAGCCCAGACCCAAAACCAACAAUUGACGGAUGAUUUACUUGGUGUCAAUAGCAAUGAAUCAUUUACUGAAUCGUUAAUUACCAAGAUUGUGGAUAACUUACAAGUCACUAUCAAAAACAUUCAUGUCAGAUACAAAGAUGAUUCCGUUUUAACUGAAUCUCCAUAUUCUAUUGGAUUAACAUUAAAGGAAUUGUCAGCUGUUAGUACUGAUGAGAACUGGACUCCUUCCUUCAUUUCCAUAACCCAACGCUUAACCCAUAAAUUAUUGACCCUUAGCAACCUUGCUUGUUAUAUGAAAACCAUAGAUACAGCUACAACAUACGAUAGCAAGUCCACAGAUAACGAUUAUGAGAAGCUACUUGAAUCUUUCCGAGAAGCAAUUGAUUACAAUUCUGAUUUGGAGUAUUUAUUGAAGCCAGUCACUGGUCAUGGGAAACUUACUAUCCACAAACCUGGAACCACGGAAACCACUCCUCAUAUAAAAUCAGAAUUAUUCUUUCAAGAAUUCAGUGUAGAGUUAAAUUCUCAACAGUAUGACGAUAUAUUAUGGACCGCUUCCAAAUUUCAUUGGUAUAUGCGUACAUUCAAAUUCAGAAAGUUCCGUCCCAAAUUACCUCCUAAUGAAGCUCCAAGGGAAUGGUUUAAGUAUGCAGCUCGAUCAAUAUUGGAUGAGAUUCAUGAACGUAACUAUAAGUGGAGUUGGGCUUAUUUUGAAAAGAGAAGAGAUCAAAGAAUAGAAUAUAAGAAGUUAUGGAAAUUGAAAUUGAGUGGGAAGCUAAUUAAAGAAGAUGACAUCCAACAAUUAAAAGAUUUGGAAAAGGAAUUACCAUAUGAAGAUAUCAAGUUUUAUAGAACAUUAACCCGGAAUGAUUUGAGAAAGGAAAAGCAUACCUUUUCAUUAUUUAAUAGCAUUUCUGCCAAUGAACCCAAAUCCCAACAGCAAAGUGCAGGUUGGUUUUCUGGCUGGUGGGGUGGUAGUGGUGGAGCUAAUACUAAUGAGGAAUCCAAGGAGGAAUUGCCCGAUGAAGAUACUCCACCGGAGAAAUUAGAUCUUUCGUUAUCGGAUGAACAACGAAAGGCACUUUACGAAGCAAUUGAGUAUGAUGAGAAUCUCACAACCGCAGUUGAAGAUAUUCCACGUGAAUGGGUGAAAUUAGAAGUUCUUGCACUGUUGUAUAAAGGUGGAUUGACUAUAAAGCGAAAAGAUUUCACUAAUUUGGCAGAGAUUGUAUUUGAAGGAUGCCAAACUCAGAUUUAUCAAAGAUCCGAUUCUUUAUUAUCAUGUUUCCAAAUUCAAGAAUUUAGAGUAGAAGAUGGCACUGGUACUUCUUUGUACAAACAUAUUGUUAGUGUCAAACAAGCUCAUUCUCAAUUGCACGACGAUUCAAGUUCAGUAGUUGAGUCCUCAUCAAUCAAAACGAUCCCCGAUGACGACAAUGAACCAUUCUUUCAAAUCUCAUUCGAAAAUAACCCUCUUGAUAACUCAGCAGAUUCAACCUUAUUAGGUAAAUUGAAAUCAAUGACCAUUUUCUACAAUCCCAAAUUCAUUGAAGAAAUUAUCAACUUUUUCACUCCACCAAAGAUUCACUUAGAUACGGUAGGGGCUAUUAUGAAUGCUGCUGAAGCAACCGUUGAAGGACUCACGAGUCAAACUAGAAUUGGAUUGCAGUAUGCGUUAGAAGAACACAAAACGAUUAAUGUAAAGUUGGAUUUGCAAGCACCAUUGAUGAUUAUGCCUCUUGACCCUUCAAGUUUUAAAUCACCGGUGGCUAUAUUGGAUGCUGGUCAUAUAAGUGUGGUUAGUGAUUUAGUUGAUCCAGAGACAAUCCAAGAAAUCAAAGGCAAACAAAGUUAUACUGCAGAUGAUUGGAAGAAAUUACAAGACUUGAUGUAUGAUCAAUUUAAGCUUACAUUAGAAGAUUCACAGUUUUUAGUCGGUCCUAACAUUAAGUCAACCAUGGAACAGUUGCAUACUCAAGAAAAUAUUCCUCGAAUCAAACUGGCAUUAAUGUUGGAUAAUUUCAAUCUUCAAUUGAUGUUGGGAAUUUCUAUAUUGCCGGACGCCACUAACUUAGCCAAGUUUAAAGUAGGAGGAAGGGUGCCACAAGUGAAUUUAGCAAUAAAUGAUUUCCAAUAUAAGACCAUGAUGCAAAUUAUUGAUGCAGCAAUACCCAACAGUACAAAUAUGGAAGAUUUGGAUACCUCAAGUGUGUUUGAUGCAUUUGCUCCAAUUGCUAAUAGAAAUGAAAUUAAAGUGGAAGAAGUGGAAGAAUUUGACGAGAAAAGUACCACUUCUAAUUCUUCUGUUUCAAACAAUCAAAAACAACAGCAUAUAUUUGAAUUUGAUUUUGCAGUUGAUGUGGUUCAUGUAUCGCUUUCGAGAUGUAUUAAUGGAGUCACGUUAGAAGCAGAGCCAUUGGUGGAUUUAGUGGGUGAUUCAUUAAACUUACAUUUCCAUAAUACUUCAAAUGAUAUGCACGUUGACUUGUAUUUGCUGGAUAUAGAACUUACAGAUCAUAUUGAAAAAACAGGGAUACUUGAACUUCAAAAGAUGAUAUCAUCAUCGGGACAUGAUGCGCAAGCAUCACAGAAGAAAUUAUUACAAGUUUCUUACGAUAGAACACAACGAAUGGUUGAAUUUAAUGGAAAGGAAAUUGAAGUGUUUGAUCAGGAUGUUAAGUUGCAAAUUGCUACGGUCAAAUUUAUUAUUUCGAGAAAAUCAAUUUUGAGUAUAUUGAACUUUGUUUUGAAUACAUUUACUGAUCCAAAUGCUGCACCGACUCCCGCAGAUGAAUUGAAACAUAAUGCUGAGGAUGAAGCUACUGCUCCACAAAAGAUAAAUGUUAAUGUAAGUCUUGAUAGUAUCAUUCUUGUGCUUAAUGAAGAUGGUGUAAAAUUAGCAACUGUUCAAUUAUCCCUGGCACUUAUUGAUGUACUUGUUCUUCCGGAAGCUUUAGAUGUUAGAGGGAGACUAGGGGCGUUUACUGUACAUGAUGAAAUCAACUAUGGUUCACCUAGAGAUUCUAUAAUGAGGAAGUUGAUAAAUAUUGAAGGUAAUAAUUUGGCUGAGUUUACUUACAAAACAUUUGAUCCUGAAACCAAUACUAAUCCAUAUUCCUCACUUGUUGAAUUCAAAACCGGGGCUAUGACGAUAAAUUUUAUCGAGAGUUCAUUCAAUAGGAUUCUUGCAUAUCUAAGCCAGUUCUUAAAGAUGAAGGCAAUUUAUGAUAGUGCGAGAGAAGCAGCCAUCAAUCAAGCUAACCAAUUUGAAGAGAAGAUCAAGUUCAAUUUGUUGAUUAAUGCACCUACAAUUGUAUUCCCAUCAUUAUCAGUUGGCGGCGAUAUUUCAAUAGAUUGUAAUAAGUUGAUUGCAAACUUGGGUGAACUUUAUGCUCACAAUGAAUAUACUAUCAAGGAUAACCACAUGAUGAACGUCAUCGAAGCAGGAAUUAGAAAUGUAAGCCUAUGGUCAGAACUAUAUUUUGAGUCGGAAAUUCCAGUCAGAUCUCAAAUUGUUAAGGAAUUGGAUAUUGCAUUUGAUAUAGAUCAUUUAGAGGACUAUACCAAGGGUGUGCCCACAUUUGUAGUUGAUGGAAAGGUGCCCGAAUUAGAUUUACACCUUACAGAAUUGCAGUUGAGGAUGUUGAGGCAAUUGUCGGAUUCUUUAAGUAGGGCGGUAAUGUUUGAUAAUGUUGAUGAUAAUCUCGGUGAUAUUGAAGAAGAUGCCGCUUAUGCCAAUGAAGUUUUGAGACAUAAUGUUCAGUUGGUACAAGGUGAGAGGGGUGAGAAACAACAAGCGCAACCAAGUAUAAAACAACCAGAUGAGAUACCCCCUGAUCACAAGAUGUUGGAUUUUAAAUUUGAUGUUCCACGUAUUUCAUUAACAGUUUAUAAUCAUACUUUUGGAGUAACCGAUUUACAACCAUUACAAUUAUCUACUUUCUCGAUGAAUAAGUUUAUGUUGGAUUUAGAUAUGAACCAAGACAAUAAUUUCAAAGUGAAUUUGAAAGUCAAGUCAUUUGUCGUUAAGGAUGUCAGACAAUCGACAGACAGUAAGUUUCAGGUAAUUAUUCCCUCUGCUGCUGAUGUCGAAAAUCAAUUUAUAUUACGGGCAUAUUCCGAAGGUACGCCUGAGAAUAAGCAUAUCACUUUGAUGUUAACUGUGGAGAAACCAAAGACGAUAUUAGCCCUUGAUUACUUGUUUGAGCUUCAAGCAUUUGUGAAUAAAGCAACAAUGGAAGAUACACUUUCGGCUCCACAAAUUGAAUAUAAUGUUGCUAUAAGUCCAGUGGAAAGUGCAAGAAGAUCAAGAAGGAGAUCGAUAAGUUCCCUUAGUAGAACUAUGGAUGCAUUGACACCGAUAUUGUCAGGGACAAGUGCCACUUCAGGAACACCACCACUGCCUGUUAAAUUUGGGUUUUCUAUCAAUGUAAUUGAACCUUCAGUCAUUUUACUUGCUAAUGAUACACGAGAAGAUACUGAGGCUAUUGUGUUCAAGGUCGAACAAAUAUUGAUCACUAGUCAGAAUAUCACAUCACUUGCAGCAAACAAUAUCGGAAUGUACUUGACGGUUAUGAACGACUUUGAUAGUAUGAAUUACAGAAUAAUUGAUGAUUUCUCCAUUUCAUUUGCUCAUGAUUCUCGGGGAUCUACCUCCACUGACUUUUUAUCAAGUAUUCAAGUUUCAAUUGAUCCAUUAGUUGUCGGGGUUUCACUCAGGGAUAUUCGACUUGCAUUGAAUAUAUUGAACAGGGCCAAUGAAUUGUAUAGUAAAGCACAGAGAUCGGUGGUUGGUGGUGGGCCAGGUUCAAUUACGGAAGACAACGAAUACAAAUUUUCGGAAGAUUUCAAGAGGAAAUUAUCUCAAUAUGCACCUAGUAUAGUCUCAACAUUAACUAAUGAAUCGAGGGGAAGUAUUGCUGGAGAUGGAAUUCCCGAAGGAGUUGCAAUAGUUAAAGGAGAAGAAUUUAAUGCUAGUGUUGGUGGUGUAAGAUUUGUUUUGAUUGGUGAUGUAUCUGAACUACCAGUAUUAGAUGUAAAUGUUAAACCGUUUGAAUUGAAGGCAAUCAAUUGGUCUACUGAUUUAAGCUCAGAAGUUCAUAUUGAGUAUUACGUUAAUAUUUUCAAUUACUCACUUAGCUCGUGGGAGCCAUUGAUUGAACCAUGGCCAAUUGCUAUCUAUGCAUCCCGGAGUGAUAAACCAAAAUCAAGGUUGGUGGUUGAAAUUGUUCUGAGGCAAUUAGUUGAAGUUACUGUAACAUCAAGGUCGGUGGCUUUGUUGUCACAGAUUACUAAUUUAAUUACUACUGAUGAGAAGUUGAAACCUCGUGGUGAAGAUAAGCCAUACUUAAUUAUGAAUGAAACUGGGUAUGAUAUUUAUGUAUGGUCAGAUAAGGGAGAUAUUGGCUCCAAAACAUUGAUCAAGUCUAGAGAGAUUAUUCCAUGGGCCUUUGAAGAUUGGAGAAAAAUCAGAGAGAAUUUAGAUGCUGAUAAUGCUGGAGCAUUGGGAAUUUCCUUGGUUGAUUCGCCAUAUUCUGAUUUACGUAAUAUUUCUGCUUCUAGUGAAGGUGAAGAAUUAUAUAUGUUGCAGCCAGCAAUUAAUGGAGUUCACAAUAGAUUGCUGGUGGACAUAGUUUUACGUGAGGAUAAUAUCAAGACUAUCAGAAUUAGAUCGACUGUAUUGGUUGAAAAUGAUGCAGAUAUUCCUCUUGCAGUGGAAAUGUUGUAUGAGGAUGGUCAAAAGAGUUAUGAAUUGGAAAUUGCUUCGAAAGAAAGAAAAGCAUUACCAAUAGACCUGGUUUAUACUGGACAGAUGAGGGUUCGUCCAUUGAUUCAUACACCAUAUGGAUGGUCUGAUGAAUUGCUUCAUUGGAAGACUGUCAUGAAAGCAAGAGGUACCCAUGGGAUUCCAUUAAAGUGUAAAGCUACAGAAGCAGGUGAUAACUCGGUUUAUUAUUUCCAGGCUGAGGCUACUUAUGAUAAGGAUGAACCAUUAGCUAAGAUAUACCCUCAUUUGCGUUUAGUUAUUUCUAGUCCAUUAGAGAUUGAGAAUUUGCUACCAUUUGAUUUAGAUUACAGGUUAUACGACAAGAAUGCCCGACGCGAUUGGGUAGGUAGCAUUAAAAAGGGGGUGAAGAGUUAUGUUCAUGUUGUCAGUUUGGAUAGUCUACUUUUAUUGAGUGUCACUCCCGAGAAUUGUGGAUUUCAGAAAUCGGAAUUUGCUAUAAUCAACAAACCCAAAGAUAGUGAAUUUAGUCGUGAAGAUACCAUUGGAUUACGGGAUAAGAAGAAUAACAUUUUGAAGUUGAAGAUAUUUUAUCCUAGAAAACAAGCAGGUAGCUCCAGCUUGAAAGUGGUUAUUUAUGCACCAUAUGUCAUCCUCAAUAGAUGCAAUUUGAAUCUUGUUGUUAGUGAACGUGGUAACCAAGUUGCCAUUGCUGGUAGAUCAGGAGAAUUGGGUGGAAAAGUUUUACCUACUAUGUUUUCCUUCGAUACUUUUGGUGAUCGGAAGAAUAGAGCUACAGUUCGGACCGAUGAUUCAAACUGGUCAGAACCAAUGAGUUUAGAUGCCAUUGGGCAAGCAAACGAGUUGAAACUACAUGUUGUUGGCAAACAAACUGAAGUGAAUCUUGGAGUUAGCAUUCAAGAAGGUGAAGGUAAAUACAAUUUAACAAAGGUGGUAACCAUAGCUCCUCGAUAUGUCCUUAUUAAUAAAGUUGAAGAAACUUUGCAAAUUGUUGAGAAUGGAACUACCAAACAAAUCACAGUUCAACCAGGAGAACUGCUUCCACUUUAUGGAUUACGAUCUCUUGAAAAGAAGAACAUUUUGGUUAAAUUUACUCAUGGGUCUAAAUCAUGGUCGCCUCCAUUUUGUAUUGAUGAAGUUGGGCAAUUAUUUAUCAAGGUGCUAAAAGCUAAUGUUGGACAAGUGUUGAUGAAGGUUACUGUUUUGAUCGAAAAUGCAACAAUUUUCAUUCAUUUUGAGAAUGGUAAUAAUGAAUGGCCUUAUUCAAUUAGAAAUUUUACUGAUGAGGAAUUUUAUAUUUAUCAGAAUGAUCCAAACAUUAAUGCCAAUGGUGAAGUCGUUACUCAUGAUACUCCGUAUAAGCCAAUUUACUAUAAGAUUCCUCCCAAGAGUGUAAUGCCAUAUGCAUAUGAUUACCCUAAUGCGAUUAUAAAAGAGUUAAUUGUUAGAUCCCACGGCCGUGAACGGGCGGUUAAUUUGGCUGAGAUUGGUAAUUUACGACCAUUUAGAUUACCAAAAGUUGGUGAUUCACCUCAAUUAAUUGUUGAUCUUAAUGUGGUGGCCGAUGGUCCUACACAAUCUUUGAUUAUUUCUACAUAUGAUCCUUCUACAAGUCUUUAUAAGUUACAAGGUAAUCAAGGCGCAUCAGCAUCGUCAACUAACGUGAAUAAUAGUGGUCAGCAAUUUGAAGUGGUUGAGAAUGAUGAUAAUUAUCAUACUAAUAUUGUGGCUAAAUUCGAUGGAUUUGGUAUUUCAUUGAUUAAUACCCGUAACCAGGAGUUAUGUUAUGCUACAUUGAAAGGUUUAGAGUUUAGAUAUAAUGAAUCUGAUUUGUAUCAAACUUUUAGUUUUAAAUUGAAGUGGGUUCAAGUUGAUAAUCAAUUAUAUGGAGGAAUUUUCCCAAUUAUUAUAUAUCCUACUGUGAUUCCCAAGACUGGACGAGAAUUAAAUAACCAUCCAUCAUUCUCUGCAUCUGUAUGUCGAGUUAAAGAUGAUUCUUACGGGGUAUUAUUCAUUAAGUAUGCUACUAUUUUACUUCAGGAGAUGAGUAUGGAGAUUGAUGAAGAUUUUUUGUUUGCAUUGCUUGAAUUUUCCAAAUUCCCUGGGGCAUCAUGGAAUAAAGAUCAAAUUGAUAUAUUAUGUGAAGAAGAUUUAGAUAUUCCUGAGCCAGUUCGACUUAAUGAAAGUAAUGAUAUCUAUUUCGAAGCGUUGCAUUUACAACCUAUCCAAGCUAAUUUAUCAUUUGUCCGUACUGAACGAGUUAAUGCUGAGGACAAAGGAUCUAGUCAGAACACACUUAUGUUUUUCUUUAAUGUGUUAACUAUGGCUAUUGGGAAUAUUAAUGAAGCACCAAUUAAAUUAAACACUUUAUUUCUCGAGAAUAUAAGAGUGCCCACCCCGAUAUUGAUGGAGUCGAUUCAAACGCAUUAUUCGCAAGCAUUCUUUUAUCAAUUGCAUAAUAUUUUGGGAUCAGCUGAUGUUUUAGGUAACCCCGUUGGGUUAUUUAAUCAUAUUGCGUCAGGGGUAUUGGACAUUUUUUACGAGCCAUACCAAGGGUUUGUCCUUAAUGACCGUCCUCAAGAAUUAGGCAUUGGAUUAGCUAAAGGUGGUCUAAGUUUUGUCAAGAAAUCCGUGUUUGGAUUCUCCGAUUCGAUUGCCAAAGUUACUGGUUCUAUAGCCAAAGGGCUAACUGUUGCUACUAUGGAUCAAAAGUUCCAAGAGAGGAGAAGGUUGAACAAGGGAAGAAAUAGACCAAAGCAUGCCUUGUAUGGAUUUGCCAAUGGUGCUAACUCGUUCUUUGAUUCUAUCAGUUCAGGAUUCAGCGGAGUCGCUACGGCUCCAAUGGAAGGUGCUGCCGCUGAAGGUGCUGCUGGGUUUUUUAAGGGAUUAGGCAAAGGUAUUAUUGGAUUGCCUACCAAGACUGCAAUUGGAUUUUUCGAUUUAGCUUCCAAUGUAAGUGAAGGGAUUAGAAAUACCACUACUGUAUUUGAUGGUGAAGGGUUAGAUAAAGUUAGAUUGCCAAGAUACGUUGCUCCUCAUAGUAUCAUCAAGCCGUAUUCUGUGCGUGAUGCCAGAGGGCAAUAUUGGAUGCAUAGUAUUGAUGGAGGUGUGUUUUAUGGAGAAGUUUAUUUGGCCCAUUUAGUAUUGGCAGGAGAAGAAAGAUGUGUUUUGGUGACCUAUAAGAAAAUUAUCAUGUUUGAUAUAAAUCAAUUGGUUAGUAAAUGGAUUGUUGAUUUUGGUGAAGUUAAGAGUAUUAGCGUGGAACCAACUGGGUUGACCAUUGGAUUGAAACUGAUUCUGGGGCGAGGUCCAUUUAUUCCUAUCCCCGAGAAGUCUAAUAGAAGUUUCUUGUAUCAAAAGAUUGCUAUUGCUGUAGAAGAGUUUAAUAAGCAUUGUCAGAUUGUGUUAUAG